AUGUCAGAUCCGUUUGCACAUUUAUUAGCAUCAUUAAAGAACAAGGAUUCUGCAACUGAAUUCAAAGAAACAACCUCUCAGAGCACCGAUCUCCCUUCUUCCUCCGGCUCUGUGGUUCCAGAUGUUUUAAAGACAGAUAAAGGUAAUUAUGAAAGCCUGCAUUCAGUUUCAGCCUGGCCAUUGAUACCGCCAUCGAAGGUGAGUUUCUCAGCAGCCCCUUUAGUACCAAGUAAUAGUACUUCCAGCGCAAAUACUGCUAGCAAUACACCUUCUCCCGCCCCAGUCAAUAUUGACGAUGACUUUGACGAAAUAUUUGGUAGCGAUGCAAUAGCUGCAACGGGUGGGCUUCAACAAGUAGAUCAAGAUUCUCAUGAUGAUGAUGAUGGUGAUGAUGCUUUAGUCGAUGAAGUCAAGGACAUGGAAAUCGCUCGAUUGAUGUCACUAGGUUUAUCAGUUCAGAAGGCCACAGAAUUCUAUAACGAUGAUAUAACGUAUGAAAGAUAUCUAGAAAUCUUGAAGUCAAAGCAAAAGAAGCACAGAGACCGAAUUGCCAGAGAGAAAUCAAAUGAUAUCAAAAUCAAAAAGCCUGGUUUAUUCAACAACACAGAUUCGGAUAACAAUAAUCUUCUCAGCAUAGCUACUGACUUUUUCAAUAAGGGUAAAGAAUUGAUGGACCAGUGGACCUCUUUCCCUCCUGAAGAAAAUAACAGAUUAAAAAGUCACCUGAACCUUGAGGACGAAUCCAACGACUACGACUUAUCUUUGGAAGAAAAUCCAUGUAAUUCGGGUGGAGAUAAUCUAGAUGAAGAUCUCUUAACCGAUUUUGAAGCAAAGAUAGAUAUAACAAAGAGAGCGUCAAAGAAUGUGGCUUCAUCUCCUUCACCAUCUUUUGAUAUACCAAUUGAUGAAGAUUCGGGGAAAAAAGAAUCUUCAAUGGAUGAUAGCCUUCUUGACUUCUCGCCAGAGAAUUUCACCAAAAGCGAUAGCACAGAAAACAACACUCUUUUUGGUGAAAGUAGUAAUGCCGUCUCCGUAGUACCUAUCUCAGAUAUCGAAUUAUCAGGAUAUAGCGAGUUCAAGGCGAAAGGUGCCACUUUGUUCAAGAACGGUGAUUAUGUAAAUUCGUUGCAAGAAUACGAAAAGGCUCUGAAUUCACUGCCUUCGAACCAUCCAUUGAGGAUCAUUGGAUUGUCAAACAUUAUUGCCUCGCAGUUAAAGGUCGGUGAAUAUUCCAAGUCCAUAGUGAAUUCGGAUCUGGCGUUGGCAUUGUUUCCACCAGCAAAAGCUAGUUGGAACAAUAAGAUCUCAAAUAGUGAUCCCCAAAGAUCAUUUAAUGACAUUUGGCCAAAGAUUAUGAUUAGACGCGCUGAAUCUUUUGAGCACUUAGAAAGUUUCAAAAAUGCACUAGAAACAUAUCAAGAGUUGAUUAGUAGGAAUUUUUUUGAUGACAAAAUCAUGCAGGGCAAAAGGAGAUGCCAAAAUUUUAUUAGUCCCCCUCUGGUGAGAAAAUCUACUCCUGUUAAGAAAACAACUCCAACAUUGAAGAAGCCCGCUCCGGAUCCUUCUCCAGCUCCCAUAGAUAUCCCAUCAAAAGUAAAGGAACAGGAGUUGGAAAACGCCAAAUUGGCAUUAUACGAUAAAGUUUUCGGGAAAAUUGGCACUUGGAAGGGCGGCAAAGAGGAUGACAUCCGCCAUCUAUUAUCAAAUUUGUCUCAGUUAUUAACAUGGUGCAAUUGGAAAGAUGUCUCCAUGCAAGAUUUAGUUAUGCCCAAGAAGGUCAAGAUCGCAUACAUGAAAGCUGUAGCCAAAACGCAUCCUGACAAGAUACCGGAAUCGUUGUCUCUGGAAAAUAAGAUGAUUGCAGAAAACAUCUUCAGUACUUUAAGUAUUGCUUGGGACAAAUUUAAACAGCAAAAUGAUAUCAACUGA